CAUUGGUGCUACUUGGGGAACACUAUGGCCUCAACUCACAUCACCAAGAAGAUUAAGGAGAUCGCCACCUGCUCCAUCUGCCAGAACCUGAUGAUGAACCCAGUGAGCAUUACCUGUGGACACAGCUUCUGCCAGAUGUGCUUGGAGCAGCACCUUUACAGGGUGCCACGCAGUCAGGGGCAGAAUAUGUUCACCUGUCCUCUGUGUCAUGCCCCGUUCGAUAAAAAUAGCUUCCGGGCCAACAGACAUUUAGAAAGCAUUAUUGAAGUCUUUGAGGAGAUGGACCAAGAGCAGGUGUGUGAGGCCCACGGAGAGCAGCUCCAGCUCUUCUGUGAAGAUGACGGCCAGCUCAUCUGCUGGCUCUGUGAGCGGGCACCACAGCACCAAGGGCACACCACGGAGCUGGUGGAGGACGUGUGCCAGGGCUACAAGGAAAAGCUCCAGAAAGCUGCAGCAAAACUGAAUGAACUCCACUUAGAAUGUAUGAAUCAGAAGGCUUUCAUGGCAACACAGAUAACUGAGUGGCAGGAUACAAUAGAGAUUCACAGACAAAAAAUCAUAUCUGACUUUAAGAAUCUCCAUACUUUUCUGCAUGAGGAGGAGAAGUCUUUUCUUUGGAGGCUGGAAAAAGAAGAAGAGAAGAUGCUGGUGAAACUAAGGGAGAGUAAGGCAAAGCUGGAGCAGAAGAGCGAUGAACUUGAGGACCAUAAGGUUGAGCUGGAGGCAAAAUGUCAGGGCUCAGACCAGAACCUGCUGCAGGAUGUGAAAGGCACCUUGAGCAGGACUAGUUUUGUAAAGCUGGAAACAUCUGAAGCCUUUCCUUUGGUGAUUCAGACUGUGUGUGAUGUUGCUGAGCUUUACUUGGAUGUGAAGAAAAUAUUAAGACGUUAUCAAGUCAGUGUGACUCUGGAUCCAAAUACAGCUCAUCCUGCCCUAAACCUGUCUGAGGAUCAGAGACAAGUGUCUCGUGGAUGCAGCCAGCAGAAUCUUGAAAUUUCUUCCAGGAGGUUUACAGCCUUCCCCUGUGUCCUGGGCUAUGAGGGCUUCACCUCAGGAAAACACUACUUCGAAGUGGAUGUUGGAGAAGGAACAGCUUGGGAUGUGGGAGUCUGUAUGGAAAAUGUGCAGAGAGGCCUUGGCAUGAAGCAGGAGCCUGAGCUUGGAUUCUGGGCCAUCCGACUGUGCCCAGAGAAUGGCUAUGUAGCACUGACCUCUCCGCGCACUGUCCUUGAGCUGCGUGAGCGACCCCUGCUGGUGGGGAUUGUUCUGAGCUAUGAGGCUGGAGCCGUGUCCUUUUACAACAUGACCGCUGGCUCCCACAUCUUCACCUUCCCCAAGGCUUCCUUCUCUGAUACUCUGCGGCCUUAUUUCCAGGUUUAUCAGCAUUCUCCUUUGUUCUUGCCUCCAUGUGGGAAGAAAGAGAGAGCCCAAGCAGAGGAUUCCCGGAGUUCCUGCACAGGGUCCCAUGACGUGAAGGCCUGGAGGGCAGGACACCACCCGAAUCCCACUGCUGGACCCUGGGGACAGCAAAGGCUUUUCUCAGACUCCAGUGCUGGAGAAGAUGACAGCCUGCAACCGCCCAAGCGCCAAAAGACCUUACCUGAUGCCCUAACCCUGCCCUACCCAGCCCACAUCCAGCCCUAAACCAGCCCUGUCCAUCUCCAUGGUCACUGAGGCCCCUCACCUACAUACGACUUGCUUCAUACCGUUGCAGAGUAGCUGAUUGUCCCUGGUGACCCUGACUUCUUUCCUGAUGGGUCUCUAUAAGGGCCUGAGGUCAGGCGACUGGCCAGGCUGCUGUCUUAUAGGGACAAAACCUUCCCUGUGGAAGACUCUAACUGGGGAAGCACAAGAAUAAUGUGAUGAAACUAUGCACACUUAGCCUGCUCACUUCUAAAGGUUGAUAUGUGACUGCAUUUGCUCCAGAUAUUGUUUACAGAUUUAAAAUGUGACAAGGGACACCCAAGGAAGAAUAUGUCCCCACACCCUCAGAUGGUCUGAAGAAUGUUUGUAUUCUCUCAAUGCCUGUUCUUAAUAGAAAUAUAAAAAAGGUUGCCCACAUGUUAAAUACAAGAUCACAUGAUUUAAGUGGUUGGUCAAAGAAAGACAAGUCAGUAUCUAUCCAUUGCGGUCUCCUUGGCUUUUGUACGUCACCUCUUCUAACUGGUUUCAUCUCAGCUCUGUAGAUUCCUGCACCAGAGCCCAUGAUGUAGAGUGAGGCCCUGUGGAGCCCACAGCACACACCACAGUGCAAGAUUCGCUGCUCUACGGAAGGACACACAUGUGUGCUGCACAGUGUAGACUGCAGAGCUGCCAGCUCCCCACUUGGCUCCUAGACUGGGAAUUUUUAAGACCUUCCCACGUGGCUGUGUCUCCCUUAUCCGAAGUCUAACAGCCCCCAAGUGCUCCUCUGGGGUGUGCUUUCCUCCAUGGGGUAUCCCCAAUUCCAAAACCAACUAACUAAGCUUCUCUUAGAUAAGCUUGAGAAUGGUAGAUCCCAGUUUUGUCGUCUUCCACAUCCUCAACCACCAACAGCGCUGUCUCACAGUUUGAUCAGUGCUGCCACUUGGGAGUGAAGCGCUAAGUGACUGCUGCUGUGUUUGUCCAGCAGCUUCUGUUAUUAUGAGUUGUAAAUCUCUUUGCAUAAUUGUUAAGCAUUUCAAUUUCUUCAUCUAUCGUCUGCCAGAUGAUAUAUGUCAUCAUUUUUUUCUUCGUCUUCUAUAUUUUCUUACCAAAUUUCACAUGUAACAGUCUGGAUAUCAAUCAUUCAUUGUAUUUCAAUAUUUUAAGUAUUUUCACACAAGUAUGUUUGUGUUUUUAUA